AGUCAUGUUGGCUGUACUGGCACUGUUUUGUUUCUCACACGCGUUUGCUCAGUUUGAUCCACACUUUAAACCGGGUCGCCAUACGAUAGUGCAGCUGUUUGAGUGGCGUUACAAAGAUAUCGAGCGCGAGUGUCGAACCUUUCUCGGUCCCAAUGGAUUUGGUGCCGUUCAACUGUCUCCAGUUAACGAGGUGCGCGACGGAACUAGCUGGGAAGAUCGGUAUGAACCUGUUUCGUACAAGCUGACAAGUCGCUCCGGGAACGAAUCGGCUCUGCGGUCAGCAAUCGAUGCCUGCAACAAAGCCGAUGUGCGAGUGUUCGUGGAGGUAGUGUUUAAUCACAUGGCACGAGCUGAAAGUGAUUCCUCGACGCAGUUACGAGGUACGGCUGGUUCUACCGUAAAUCCUACCGCCCGUGACUAUCCCGAUGCUCCGUACAGUGCGGCAGACUUUAACGACCCAUGCCGUAUCAUGAACCCCGAAGAUCCACACGAGUUGCGCAACUGUUGGAAGGAAGAAAGGCCUGAUCUGAAUCUUAGUCUAUUACGAGUGCGGGAACGUAUUUUGGGCUUUCUCAACCGUCUGCUUUCGUUCGGUGUGGCAGGAUUCUUUGUUGAUUCUGCGCUUUACAUGUGGCCACACGAUCUGCAAGCUAUGUUCACAAAGCUUCACAACCUCACCACAAUGGGAGACAUUUUCCCACCUGGAAGUCGGCCAUUUAUCUGUUUCGAUCUAUCCUACCACGGUUUAAACGGGGCAGAAAAAUCAUUACAAGCCAGAUGGAACGAGUACGCCGAUCUGGGAGUGAUUGCACAGGACCGUUUCGCGUACGACAUUGGAGAUAUCCUACUCAAAAGAAAACCGUUCCAUUACUUCGUCAAUCUCGGCACCCGGCUCGGCUAUGUACCACGGGAGAAAGCACUGAUUUACGUUAACGAUCCACAGCUUCAACGACUUCCCGAUGCGGACGGUGAUCUAUCGGUCAUUUCGGUGCGCAACCGCCGAGCGUACCAGAUCGGGCUUGCCUUUAUGCUUGCCCAUCGGUACGGUAUGGUACGCAUGACGAGUUCGUUCGAAUUUCUCAACUCUUCACAAGGUCCACCAACGGACGCGCAGGGGAGAAUUGAACCUGUUCAGCUUGACCAAGCAGGUACCUGCCGUUCACCCUGGAUCUGUGAACAUCGGUGGCCCAUCGUGCGGAAGAUGGUUUACUUCCGGCGUGUCACCAACGGUACGGGCGUACGGGCUUGGGUUGACAAUGGACAGAAUCAGAUCGGAUUUUGCCGCGACCGGGUAGGAUUUGUGGCGUUUAAUGCGGAGAUUUCACUAACACUGAAAGCGAAGCUCUACACGUGCCUGCCGGAAGGUGUGUACUGUGAUUUGAUCAGUAGUGCUGGUGACAGGUUGGAUGCGAAUGGUGAUUGCUCCGGUGGAACCGUCAAGGUAGAAGCUGAUGGCCAUGCGGAAAUAUUCAUUCACAGCCAACUGGAGGAACCGUUUAUUGCACUGCUAAACACUUUGCAACCAUAA